AUGUUUUGGAACGGAUUUUUGCAGUCAGCCAAAAUGAAUUGUAAAGAAGAAUACAUAGAAGUGGAUUUCAGCAAUGUAAAGUGUGCAAAAGAUCAUCUAGCUAUCUCAGAGUGCACUGCACGCAUAAACGAACCACACAUCCUGGAGCCUGAAUGCCCUUCUGACGUUAUCGCACCGAAUAGUUUGGACAACAAUCGGAAAUAUUUCCUAGAAACACAUGAAGACCACCGGCUUUCGCCCGCUGAAUUCCCUCAAUUUGGAUGUCGAGUAAAUCUCUUCCACUUGCUUUCUCUCGGAGCAUUAAUUUAUGACUACAAUUGUUAUCUUUGCAAGGUUUGGGCAAAUGAUAUCAUUGUCCAGAAAGCACUCCAUGUCAGAAAGGGAACAGUAAGAGAAUGGGUAAGAUGUAACAACAGCUUGCUUUGUGACAAAGAUAUUGAGAGUGCUGUUGGCUAUCAUCUAUAUCUCAAUACAAAAGAUCACAGGGCUCUAAUAUACAGGUUUUUUGCUACCAUACUUUGUCCUCUUUUUUCCCCCCUCUUUAUGCAAGCAAAGCAAAGGCAGACUAUAAAUUUCUUUAAAGCGGUGAUGUCAUGUUUCACAAGUGGGACUGAAUCAUGGACUAAGUCGCUGGAUUUCUCUAUUGUUGUUGAUUGGAGGCCUUGGUUUGUUGAGGGUCAAGUUGCAAGAUACUCAAGAGUAUAG